AUGACCAAGGGACAGCAGGUCGUGGUUGACUUGGAAAACAACUUCCAGAAAGGUGGACCCACAGUGACCUUCAGCAACCUGCACUACUGCGUCCAGGAGAGCAGAUGUUGUCGAAAGAAAUGUCCAGAAAAGUACAUCUUGAAAGAUGUCAGCGGCAUCAUGAGACCUGGAAUGAACGCCAUCAUGGGUGCCACAGGAAGCGGUAAAACAUCGCUUCUGGAUGUGAUCGCCGGGAGAAAGGAUCCAGCCGGACUCCGUCAAGGGAGUGUCCUGGUAGAUGGGAAGACUGUGACCUCUGAACUCAGGCUAACUUCUGCUUAUGUAGUCCAGGAUGACAUUUUAAUGGGAACACUGACUGUUCGAGAGAACCUACUCUUCAGCGCCAACCUUCGUCUGGAUCCCAGACGACACUCAUCUGCAGACAAAUGUGGACGAGUGGAUGCCAUCCUUGACGAUCUGGGACUGACUGACUGUGCAAACACCAAGAUCGGAACCGAGUUCCUGCGCGGUGUCUCGGGCGGUGAGAGGAAGCGUUGUAGCAUUGGAAUGGAACUCAUCACCUCGCCUUCUCUGCUCUUCCUGGACGAGCCCACCACGGGCCUGGACUCCAACACAGCCAACUGUAUCAUUGGCUUACUGCACAAACUGUCCAGGCGAGGCAAAACGGUCAUCUUCUCCAUCCACCAGCCUCGCUUCUCUAUCUUCAGACGCUUUGACCACCUGACACUGAUGCACAAAGGCGAGGUGGUAUAUGCGGGAGCAGCCCAAAGUACCCUCCAAUACUUCACAGACCUCGGUUAUCAAAUUGAGUCCUUUGACAACCCUGCUGACUUCUUCAUGGACGUCACCAAUGGAGAAGCCAAGUCAACCUUAGAGGAAAUCAAUACAAGUGAGCGCAAGAACCUCCUGGCAGUCAAGUAUUAUCAGUCACAGCUGGGUCAAAACAUGCUACAUGAGCUGGAGUCCAUGAAUCUUAGUGUCGGGGAUGGGGUCAAAGCUCAGGAAGCAGCGGCUGAAUACGCCACUUCCUUCCUCUACCAGAUGCGAGUGGUGUGUGGUAGGACUGUUCUGAAUACUCUGAGGAACCCGCAGACAUCCUAUGCUCAGCUGGCUCUCAACAUUUUCUUUGCUAUCCUUGUGGGCCUCAUUUAUUACCAAAUGCCUUUAACCCUGCCCGAAGCCUUACAGAAUAGGUUUGGCGCCUUUUUCUUUCUCAUCAUCAACAUGGUUUUUGGGAAUCUCUCCGCCGUGGAACUCUUCAUCAAUGAGAGGGCUAUCUUCAUCCACGAAAACUCCAGUGGCUACUACCGCACGUCUGUCUACUUCCUAUCCAAGAUCUUUGCCGACCUCAUCCCCAACCGCAUCAUCCCCAUCUUAAUCUUUUCAUCGAUUGCCUACUACAUGAUGGGGCUGAAGUCGGCAUUGACAGCCUUCCUGUGCUUUGCGCUGACCAUGUCUAUGGUCAGCCUAGCAGGGGUUAGCUUGGCCUUCCUGGUCUCAGCCAGCGUGUCGUCCUUCGCUAUGGCUAACAUCCUCAUUGCACUACCCUUUGUCUUCAUGAUGGUGUUUGGCGGUUACCUGGUCAACCUUAAUGCCAUGCUGAGCUGGCUCUCUUGGCUCAAAUGGAUCAGCAUCUUCAGAUAUGGACUCAAUGCUGCAUUCAUCAAUGAGAUGACAGGACAGUUUUUCUAUGCCAACAACACCAUUGUCCCGGGUGAGUUGUUUCUCUUAAGCCAGGACAUCGACUACUCCACAUGGGGCUUCUGGCAGAACCAGGUUGCACUUCUAGGGAUCAUAGUGAUCUGCAUGGUCCUUGCAUACAUCCAGUUGCGUAGGAUCAACCGAUGGAAGUGAUGCAUUAGGUCCCAUGCAAAUAUUUUUUUAUUUUAGCAUCCCAAAAACCCCUUCAGUAAAACCUUGUAGGAAGUUUGAAAAAACAUACAAGAUACCCAUUAACACAAAAUUGUGCUGGCAUGUCAUAAUAACCGGACAAAGUACAAAUAAGUCUUAAAGAUGAAGCCUGAAAUUAAACAGGCAGCUAAUUUUAUUAAAGCAACCAUUUUUGGGGUUUAUUUCAUGGUAUUUCAGGCUCUGUACUUAUGUGUUACAUCCUAAAAGUACUAUUAUAGUAGCUUGUACAAUGUUAUACUAUAGUGGUUCUAAAAAAACAGAGAAAAAUCCCAUCGGUGUCUCUUACAUACUUGGCUGAUAAAAAUAAGUCUGGUUCUGAAAAGGGGACUCAGUAUUCAGGCAGUGUUAGCCACCAACACCAGUUUUGUUUUUCCGACAUGAAUUUGAUGGAUGUGUUUGUCAAAAUAGGAUGCACAAAUACUGCAAGUGUAAAGGACCAAUGCCUGAAUUGAACAGAAAGUCAGCAAUUUUGGGUAAAUUUAGACCUAAUCCUAGGGAAUUUGCGCCAACAAGUCCCAAACAGUAGCAGGUAUAACAGUGGGAUUGUCAAACCUAAAUUGCAAAUUUUUUUUUUGCCUUCAUCUUCUGAUCAGCUUUCAUUUUAUUAUUUAUUUCAUCUUAAACCAAUAGGCACCAUAUUAUGUUAUCGUAUGUGUAAAUGUGUAGUGGAUGAUCGUUUACUGUAAUUUCUUGACCACACGUGUCUUAACAUUUGACUGCACAGUGGAUAAUCCACCGUUUUAAGAUCACACAGUUCAGGCACGAGGCAGGUGAGUGUGCAGUAAUCCAGUGUCUAAGACUUUUUACAAAGCUACUUAGAGCGACGGAAGCCAAAUUAGUUUCUCAACCGGCCACAUACGAUGGUCCAAUUCCUCCGCCUGAUUUGGUUGUCUAGGUGGGGUUGUGGGACCACUUUCGGGUCCAGAAGUGGUUGCCCCAAUGGUGGGCACGCUGGCUCAGCUUCCCUCGAGAUUGGCAGUGGUGGUGUCAGUCCUUUCCUCUGUUGCCUGUGCAGCAGUUCUGUACACCACAAGACUAACAUGCAUGUAAGACUAGGCACACUUAUUAAAGCCCCUUUCAGACAUACAGUACGCUGACCUCUGGUUAAAUCCUGGGAUUUUAAACGGGUAGUCCUUAUGUCUGAAAGCAGUUUCUCGGGUCGACUGACAGACAUUAAACGGGUCGAAUCCUAGUAUAACGUCCGGGACUUAACAGGGACGCGGCAUGUAUUAAAGCAGCCGGUUAAUUCUAGGGUCACAGCGCAAAGACUUUUGAUAUUUAUAUAUCAUGGCGGGUCGAUCGUCAUUUCCUAGUUCUAGAAGAAAAGUGGUAAACAUCCCGAUUAUAAACGUGGCAAACUGGAAAUAGCUAAAUUAAACUGGAAACAUAACAAAAUCUAAUUGCUACUGGAUCUUAGAGCCGAGGAAGAGACAGUCCAUCAUCCAUCUUUGGAAAUGUGUGGUUUAUUUUGCUGCUGAUGCCAUCCAAAAAUGAUAUUAUGUCAGGUUUAUAAAUCCCGUAACCCGCCCUCCCCGCACAGAGAGUGCCGGGUCGCCAACAUGGUACAAGUCUGGAAGUUUCCAACCCGGGUAAUUCCCGGUGCAUCUCCUUAUGUCUGAAAGCCAGGAGACUGGUAAAUCCCGCAUCACAUUACACGGGAAUUUUGCGGAAUAUAAGUCUGAAAGGGGCUUAAUAGGCAUCACUUGACAUAUUGGGAUGACAGAGUGAAUAUUAGGGUGUCAACACACUUAUCCUUACAGAUGUUUGGUCUCAGUAUGUGCUCUUUACUACAAAUCAAUAGCACUGCUUGCACACUCACCCUGCCCUGGCCUACAGCAGUCUUUUCAGUCCUUCCAUUCCUUGUCCUAUCAGUUAGUAUCCCUUACUCACUAUGGAGCUUUGUAACAUUGCUUAUAGUUAGAUAGCAUACAUAGUCAAUCAUAUUUCAGUAUCCCUAAUCCCCAUGUUCAUUCUUUUUUUUUUGUUCCCUUGGACCCUUUUUGGGCAAGCUCCAUUUGUGAAUAAACGCAAGACUACACAAAUCAAAACCACUACCCCAACUCCCGGCACAGUAGAACUAUUCCACCGUUAAACAUCAUUCAAAUCUAUCAUUCUCCUUCAAGUCUACCAAUCUGCCACCGUUGAUUCUGUGUCGAAGUAUCUGUAACAUUUAAAAAAAAAAAAAAAAAACAUCUUUUCA